AUGUCUGCUUUGGAGGAUCCGUAUUUGGAAAGGCACUUUCGAGGUCACCGUGAUGUUGUUACCUCCGUUGACUUCAGUCCAAAUAUGACCCAGCUUGCCUCAGGUUCUUUGGAUCAUAAUUUGAUGAUAUGGAACUUCAAAGCCAAAAUGAGAGCAUACAGAUUUGUGGGGCAUAAGGAUGCUGUCAUGUGUGUGAGGUUCUCACCUUCAGGACAUCUUGUGGCCUCAGCAUCUCGGGACAGAACUGUCAGGCUCUGGAUUCCUAGCGUGAAAGGUGAGUCCACAGUGUUUCGAGCUCACACAGGAACAGUUCGGAGUGUGGACUUCUCAUCUGAUGGCCAGGCCAUGGUCACAGCUUCAGACGAUAAAACUGUGAAAUUAUGGACAGUUCAUCGACAGAAGUUUAUGUUCUCCUUGACUCAACAUAGCAACUGGGUACGCACUGCCAAAUUUUCUCCAGAUUGUCGUUUGGUUGUCUCUCGGCAGCGAUGA